AAUAUGUUAUACUAAGGUUUAGCGUUAUCUAUUCCUUUAUAGUUCUACUUUGACAAUUACAGUAUAAAGAUGAAGCUGUUCUUGGUUUGCCUCCUCCUACCAGUAGCUCUUGCAGCACCACUAGAUGAUUCAAAGAGAUUCAUUGUCGGUUCCUUUACUAUAGACAGUCUGUUUGACCUAAAUACCUUGAAGUGUGAUGUACAAAUCAUACUUGAUGUAGUAGGAAGUGAUCCAACGGAACAAGCCUGUGAGAAAGAGUGCCACGUGCUGAUCAAGGAUGGAUUGUUAGACCAUAGUUGUCCUCUUAUUUGUCAUGCAUUCCAGAAUCUAGCGCAUUACUUCCACGAAGUACCAAAGCCUGGAGAUCAGCAUGCCCACUGCGGGGGACUAGACCUUACAACUGCCUCUGCUUGAAUAAAACAUAUCUUUCAAUAAUAUGAGGAAUAAAAACCAAAUAUAAUCAAA